UUAAUGAUGAUGUCAAGAAUGUUACGAUCAUCAACAUGUAUUCUUAUUUUAUUUCUGUGUCUUUCACAUGAAUGUACUGGUCGACAUCCUAGUAGUGAUAGUUUGGCCAUGGAUGACAAUGCAAAGCUUCUCAGCGAUUCCACCAUCAAGAGUUUUGAGAACGAUCUACUCACAGUUCCUGAUCAUUUGAACCUCAAAAUGACGAAAAAGAGAAAGGAUCACAGCUGUAAGGUUGAUAAUGAUCAUCACAUGAAAACAGACUCCAAAUCACAGAACAGGAAAGUCGUGAACAAGGACCAAAUGUUAAAGAAGGUCCAAGAAGAACAGGUUCGUCCUCGUCAUCAACAUCAUCCUAAGUCACAUACUACUGUCAUUUUUAGAAUCCCUCCUAGAAACAAGCGGAUACAUCAGCAACCUGGUUUUAAUCUUGAUUAUUCUCCACCAAAGACGCACCCUCCCAGUCACAACUAAUUUAGAUAGGUAGUCGCAUGCUUUCAUGUUACUUUCCUUAUCUUACUUAUGAACUACGAAGGAAAAAAGGAGUUUUCUUCUAUUUAGAUCUUAG